ACAAUGCUGCUCCCAGAACCAGCCCGGAAGUUGGUCGUUUAUUGACAAUAUGGCCACCGAGCUCGGCUUGGAUUUGAGGAUAAUUUUGAUUUGACAGCACAGACCGGAGGAGAUUCCGAAAUAAAACCGACUUCCGCAUCAGGAGUGUACGGAGCCGAUGCGUUUGAAUGAAGGGAUUCGUGGGACGUCCCUGGGACGGUGAUAGUGAGCAGAGGAAGCGUCCAGAGUGCGAAACCCGUCAUGUCGUUUUUUAAGAGGAAAGCCAAAAGCAAGGAACCCGAGAGAGUAACGGAUGCUAAAGUUAACAAAGUUCCAGUCAGCCCCCACUCUCCAUCACAUGGACUGAAGAACCACAAUGCCGUCCUGGACGCCGCCGGGCCGAGCCACAUGGCCAUCAGCGCCAUAUCAGCCAACAUGGACUCCUUCGCUCGGGGCCGCACCGCCAUCCUCAAGAAGCAGCCGAGCCACAUGGAGGCGGCGCACUUCGGAGACCUCGGGCAUUCCAGCGUGAAUUAUCAGCCCCAGGAGACGCGCUCUCGGAUGUCCAAGACAGUGGACCAGGUCCUCAGAGACAAUGUGGCAAUGCCCCACUUCCUGCACUGCAUGGAGCAGCGUGGCGCCGACCACCUCGUUCGGUUCUGGCUCGAGGCCGAGAACUUCCGCUCGGCCAGCUGGUCGCGGGUCCGAGCGCAAAACCUCAACUCCGUCAAACACAGCUCGCUGGCCGAGCCGGUCCCCGUCUCUCCGGACGGGCCAGAGCUCGAUCAGAAUGCGUUCAACGACCCUGCCCUCCACAACAGCCGCGGGAACCCGUCGCCGCUGUCCACCCGGAGGGACUCGUCGAGCGGGGAAGCCAAGCCGUCUCGGGCGGACACCCCCAGCAGACAGGCGCCCUCCAGGACAGGGACUCCCUCUAAGGGACAUCCCAACAACACUCUGCAAGACUUCUCAGACACUCUCAUGAAAAGUAUGGAAAAGGAUGCUGUUACCAUCUUCACCAAAUACAUUUCUCCAGAUGCUGCAAGGCCCAUCCCCAUCACAGAGCAGAUCAGAAACGAUAUAGUCGCUAAGAUUUGCGGAGAGGACGGCAUGGUGGACCCAAACUGCUUCGUCAUUGCACAGUCGGUUGUCUUCUCCAUACUGGAACAACAGCACUUUACCGAAUUCCUGCGGAGCCACCAUUUCUGUAAAUACCAGAUUGAAGUUUUGACGAGUGGCUCCGUGUUCCUGGCUGACAUCUUGUUCUGUGAGUCAGCGCUCUUCUAUUUCUCAGAGUACAUGGAGAAGGAAGAGGCGAUGAAUAUACUACAGUUCUGGCUGGCUGCGGAUAACUUCCAGAACCAGUUGGCUGCUAAGAAAGGCCAGUAUGACGGCCAGGAGGCUCAAAACGACGCCAUGAUCCUCUAUGAUAAGUAUUUCUCACUCCAGGCCACCAAUCCUCUGGGCUUCGGCGACUCGGUGCGGAUGGAGAUCGAGUCGAACAUCUGCCGGGAGGGAGGGCCGCUCCCUGACUGUUUCACCACGCCUCUCAGACAGGCCUGGACAACCAUGGAGAAGGUGUAUUUGCCCGGCUUCCUGUCCAGCAACAUAUACUACAAAUACCUGAGCGACCUCAUCAACUCGGUGCGGGGCGACGAGUUCGUGAGCGGUCAAGGUCAAGGUCAAGGUCAGGGCGUGCCGGCAGACGGCGACCGCCCUGGCUUGAACGCCGGCGGCGAGAGCUCCCAGGUUCAGCAGGGAGCCAAGAAAGCCGCCAUCAAGAUUCUGAAGAACUUCGACGAGGCGAUCACCGUCGACGUGGCCAGUCUGGAUCCAGAGAUGCUCUACCAGCGGCCGUACGCUGGUAUGAAGGCCCAGGAGGAAAUGGCGUGGAAGAUCGCCAAGAUGAUUGUCAACGACGUCGUCCACCAGUCGAACCACGACAGCCCCGGCAAAUCCACCAAGCUAUGACCCCACUGAGGAACCAAAGGACAGAAAACUCCCUGCAGACUCUGACUAAGUCUGUCGGCUGGAUUUACGCCGCAGUGAAAUGCUUUACCUCCCCCCUCAAAACAAGAACAAAGAAUUUUAUCUCCUCCCCGUUCACCUUAUGCUUGUGUGUGCGUGGGCGUGUGUGUGUGUGUGUGUGUGUGUGUUGCUGUCAGUUCGGGUGUGUGUUAACGCAUGGACCGAGACAAAAACUUGAAGUACUUCAAUCUUCUAUCUCCAAAACACUAUGAAGAUGCACAUGAGGGCCUCGCAUUAAGACACUCCUGCAGGAAAACAUUCAGCACGUGUCCAGCAGCAGCAUUUUGAUACUACGGUUUAUUGCUUAUCUCGGACCUAUGGAGGAUUCUACUAGGACUUCAUUAAAUUCACUCCCACACGGCACCUUUUUGUUUUUAGAAGCAUUCCUUGUUUUUUACGUGACUUCCUCUCGCCUGGUUGUACCACUUAGAGCCAAUCAGCAAGUUUUCGAGUCGUAGUCACAGAAGCAGCGUGGAGUUGUUUACUAAUUUUAGCCGUCCCGCCCUGGCCCUUUGUGUACUGCAGAGCGUCUCGCGACGUGACUGUGAAUCAGGCAGGCGAAGAAAGAGCGGAUCCUGUGCUUGGACUAGGCACCUUUACUGAACGAUAGAAUAAUACUCCAGCUAUGACAGAAAACUCCAGACUCCACGUCCUUAAGGUUCUAUACAUAUAUAAAUAUAUAUAUAUAUAUAUAUAUAGAUAUAAAUUCUGGUUUAUCCCUUAUAUGAAUAUUUGUCUUUUUUUUUUUUUUUUUGUAAUUGUGAUCUUAGUUUUUAUACACAUAAGCAUUGCUGACCCAAAACUCAGUAAUGAAUUGACUGCUAAACUGGAAGGUGUGCUCAUUUAUUUUUAUUUUAUUUUUUAUUUCUUUUGAGCCUUACCUAGAUGUGGAAAGGAACCAGAAAAAAAAACUCUUGGUACCAUGUACCACUGUUUUUGACAUGUAUGUGUACUUGAUCUAUAAUAUAUUUAAAAUGUGUUUGAUUCAAAUACAAUUAUUAUAAAACAUG